UUAAUAUAAAAAAAACGUUUCAAGUAAAACGACGUCAAAAAAAGCAAACACCGUGUUCUUCCAUCCAUCCGAUCGUCUGUCAGAAAAAUCAAAAAGAAAUAAAAAUCUCCAUUGUGUCUGAUUAGUGGUUUUCUCUGUUCACUACUGUAUUAAUUUGCUAUCGUAACUACAAUGGAUGAUAACUCCUUGAGCGAUGACGAAGUAAAGGAAUCUCCUCUCAGUCCUGUUAUGGGUGGAAAGAAGUUGAAACUAAACGACGGAAGUUCGCAGGAUAGCUCCAAUGGAUCAGCUUCGUCAAGUAAGGUCGUGAAGGACGAAAAUGUGGACAGCGGGGUGUCCGCAGAUAAAUCGGAGAGCACUAGCAGCGAGGAGCGACCCGCAGAGCCUUUAGAAGGGCCCUCGAACGUGGUGGUUAACGCGGCGCCGUCAAGCAGUAUCCAUGGGAUUGUUCUAAACAUACGGCGCCCAAGACUUGGGAGGUGUUACAGAAAACGGAAAACACCCGACAGAGACUCCGACAGUGAUAAUUCAAGGGAUUCUGAUGAUUUAUCAACAGAAGAAAGCCCUCCUGUGUCAAGGAGAUUGUCUAAUAAUUCAGAUGGAGAGAGUGUGGAUUUGGAAAGGUCCUUAGGCGCAUUUUCAGAGGUGUCUAGAAGCCCUUCCAGCAACAGCAACCACAGUUCUUCCAAUGAUUCAAGUUAUGGGCAGUCCAGUGAGCUAAAUCAACUGAUCAACUCAGACUCGGACAGUGAUGAUGGCAACCUGUGGCAAAGGUCUGACAUUGACCAAGAGGAUAAGGCAAAAAUGGACAGUGUCAUGUCCAAGACUAGGCCAAAACAUAGUUAUUUUAUAUUAAAAGAGAUUCUGAAUCGGGAGAUGGGCCUAACAUUGCCCAGCGGAAAGACGACAAAGGAGGAUGUGAUGUUCGAAAGGAGGUUCUAUGGCUCGCUGCACGCCGUUUAUAGGCUGCAGAAGCUGCACCACCUCAACAAGCAUAAGGGCUGUGUUAAUUCUAUCAAUUUUCACCCUGAAGGACAACUACUAGCGUCGGGGUCCGACGACACGAACGUGGUGGUGUGGGACUGGGCGCGGCAGGUGGCGCUGCAGACCAUCAAAACCGGCCACAAGUCCAAUGUCUUCCAGAGCAAGUUCCUGCACCUUAACGCCAGGAGCCAGCUCAACAUCGUCACCUGCGCCAGGGAUGGACAGGUCCGUCUUCUCCAAUGCCCUCCGAGCGGCGGCGCCACGGUGUCGAGGCGGCGGCUCGCAUCGCACUCUCGCGCCGCACACAAACUGCACGUGAGCGCGCAUGCGCCGCACCUUGUCGUAUCGGGCGGCGAGGACGGCGUCGUGCUGCAGUGCGACGUGCGCGCCGAGCAGGCCAACAAACUAUUCCACGUGAAGGAGUCCGGCUCGUCGAUCCCUCUGUACAGCGUGUCCGGUCACCCCCUGGAGCCCCGCCUGCUGUGCGUGGCCGGCCGAGACCGCUUCGUGCGCGUGUACGACACCAGGCACGCGGCGCGCGCCAGGGACCUCUACUGUCCCAACUCCUUCCAGGACCAUGAGACAGACGGCAAGAAAAAGUUCAAAUACAACAUGAUGCAUCUGACAUGCGCGAUAUACAACCACGACGGCAGCGAAAUACUCGGGUCAUAUAAUGACGAAGAUAUCUACCUUUUCGACAGCAUACGAGAUGUCUACGAUAAAGACAACCCUAACAAGGAGACGAACGGCUACACGCACAAGUACAGCGGGCACCGGAACAGCGCCACGUUCAAAGGGGUCGCGUUCUUCGGGCCCAACAGCCAGUACGUCGUGUCGGGCUCCGACUGCAGCCACAUCUACAUCUGGGAGAAGCACAGCGAGGCUAUCGUGCAGUGGAUGGAGGGCGACAUCGGCGGCGUGGUGAACUGCAUAGAGACGCACCCGCGCAGCCCCGUGCUGGCGAGCAGCGGGCUGGACAAGGACGUGAAGAUCUGGAUCCCGUCCAGCCGGGAGGAGCCCUCCUACGCGGGCCUGGACAAGAUAGUCCGCGAAAACAGCACCACCCAGAGGAGUCCGCUGUUCAGUGAUUUUUUACCUACACUCUAUAACGCGUGGCGCGGCGAGAACCGCCUCUUCACCGACGAGGACCGCGCGCCGCCCUACGGCGGCAACAUCGAGUUCGACGGCAACGUCUGCACCGCCUUCUAGUGAACGGGCUCACCUGCCUCGCCGGAUGUCUCCGCGCCUCCUCGUGCGGCGCGCUGCGCCAGGCCUCGUGUGCGCCGUUAGGUACACGCACACGCCGGUGGAGGCGGACACGACACGCGUAGCUUGGUAUGCAUCCCUGCUUAUAAACCUCUAUGGAGGGGUGCAAACUAAACCGUUUCGCAGAGUAUACAAAGUCGUGAUCUUUAGUGAGAGAAAACAUCUAUAGUUGGGUAGCCGUUUGAUAGUCCAUUCAAUAUACCUGUAUUUAUGUUAAUUGUAUAAACUAUCUAUAGUUAUGAUUAUAAUAGACGACGUGCACUGCACGGUUUAUAAAAUGUUAAAGAUUCUGUUGCGUAUAUAAGGUAUACAUGUUCAUUUGUUAAUUAGAAUAUUGUUUGCGUUUUUUAAAUGUUUCACAUUGCUUAAAGCGUCAUUAACCUAAAGUCCGAAUAAACAUGAUGUAAUUCAUCGAUAUUAUGCUGUUCAUAUUGCCGUUUAUCGUCAUAUAGGUAUUAAGAAAGAUGUAUAUUUGUAUAUAGUUAUCAGGGUUUUCAUUGCAAAGAUCCCAUUUGAUUGGACUAUAUAAGGUAGCCACGAGCUGAACCAUAAUUCUUAUUUUGCCUUUGGAUUAAACUAUGUAGUCUACCAACUACGUACUCGAUUAAAAUAAUUUGAAUGUAUGUUUAUAACAUGGCCUUGAUUUAAACCAUAAAACUCCCGUGAGACCAGAACAUAAUAAAAUUAUUUAGAACAGGUUAUACACAUUAUGAAGUGGAAUAAACGCUCGACAUGUUUCGACCCGUUUUGAGGACCUUCGUUCGACUGGAGCACCAACUGCAUGCCGCGCGCUCGAUCAGUCGAGGCGAUGCAUUCGGUGCUCCAGAAGAUCCUCAAACACGGAUCGAAACAUGUCGAGCCUUUAUGCGACUUAAUUAUACGUGAUGCUUUGGAUAGGGCCCUGAUUGUCUAGAUCUCGGGUCGAGGCUGCCUCAAAAGGCUAUUCAGCUGUGUUAAGAUACAUGAAGCCUUAGUAUCUUUUGUCAUCAGUCGAUUUGUUCUGCCAAGCAGCUCCAUGUAAAUAAACUUAUAGUUAGUUCCUGGAUAGAACUUACCAAGGAAUGGGAUGGGAUCCUAUCCCGAAGAACAGGAUGCUGUCCCAUGCUCGCCGAGGCUAUAAAGAACUUUGACGAGUAAGCAGCGGCGUAGCGUGAAUUAAUUAGUCUAGCCGUGGGCGAAGCGGAAGCGGUGAGGCUCUUUUCUUUCAAUGUGUGUUUCGAAGGUAAUAUAAGGGGGUUCACUAACGGACCAAUCAAAACGAGGGGUCGGUAGAUAUCGUUAUCGAUUUACUUGAUCGCAGACUAUAUCGUAAAGCGCAACAAAAACCUGUGCAAUCAUGAAUAUCGCAACGAUAAAUGACCAUGGUAUGGCUCUUUGCGAUCAACGAUUUGAUGUUUGUCUCAUUCUUGACGCAGGCGCCGCAGACGCUGCAUUCCUUGAUCGCGCAUCGAUCGUAACGACCAAUUGUUCCGUGUAUGGCUAGCAAUUUCGAAGCGACUGAUCGUGCACGAUUCUCGUCAGAUUGAUCGAAGCGAUUAAUCGUACCGUAAGUGAACCCCCUGAAUGGUUGGCUCCGGCUCUUAAGCCCGGAUCACACGAACUCGCCGCCGCGCCGCAUCGAAGUUACGCUCGUGAAUGUUCAGGAUACGUCAAAAUGUCGUUUUAAAAUCAGAGCGUAAUUUCGAUUGUAUGGGAGCGGUGCACGUGACUCUCAAGCGCGAGGCCGUGUGAGGGGGCCGCUUCACCCACGCCUAGCAACGCCACUGUGAGUCAAUAUAAACAUAAGCUGUACAUAUGUGAUAGUGGUUGCCGGUGAUACGCGAGUAUUAAUAUUGUAUAUACAUGUAUAAUAUAUGUCUUUGCCUGAGAGAGGAGAGAGGAGCCUGCUCAUGCGGAUCCGCAAGCCUCAUCGGUGUAUGAGCGAGACAGCAGUACGCGCGUCAAAGCGCUGUCCCGCUUGCACAUAUCUGCAUCCAAUGCGAAUGAAACCGCCUUACACGUUCAUGAUUAGAAUGGGUACUUCAAACACGAAAAAUAUGGAUGUUAGGUGUGAGUUUUACGGAGACUAAAGUUCUGAGAUACUGAUAUUUUGCAACUAUGACCUAAAUACAUCUUUAGAAACGGGAUAUAGGUACGAUAUGGAUUGUUGGGGCUGAACCUGGGCGCGCACAUUCCGGUGCGGUCCAGUCUAUAAUAGCGUUUAAAAUAAAAAAACUAGCCAUAAAAUUACACCGAAUGGGUUUGGUUCCAGCCCCCCUUGAGUUCCAGGGACCUAUGUUUGCCAGCCAAAAAUAACCUUCAGGCAUUAAUUUAAAAUGUAAUUAUUAUUGUCAUUGCUAUUAAUGGAUACUAUUCUACUGACUGAUUAUAUCUACAAUGGAUUCCUUUCAUAGUUAUGAAAGAAGCUAAAUUAAACUAACGAAACUAGGACGGAUCUCGGUUUGUCAUGGGGGUCAUUAUCAUUAAAUCAGUUUCGACCCUCCUCAAUCUCCAUCCUUUUUUACUCAGGUGAACCCCCCUGACUAUAAAGCUGGAUCCGCCCUUUCUAGGAAAGGGCUAAUAAGCUAAAUUUUAUUAGGCCACGGACGGCACUUGAUAAUUCAGUUCAAUUUAAUUUCUCCUUGAACAGAGACAAAUAGUCCGCGGUCGAAGGAUACCCUUUCGUGUUACACCGUUUCGUGGUGGUUAUUAUGUUAAUGGUCAUAAGCGUGCUCCCCAACCCCAAUGCAUCAAUAUGUACGCAAUACUUCAAUAAGCCAACGACCACUAAUGUUAUUGGAGGUUAACAUGUUAGUGGCUUCUCGACUGCGGUCUUGCAGCAGAACCAUAGGGUUUUAGGACAACUAAGGUACGCGGUAGUCAGUUUCGCGGUGCUUGUCAGGCGUGUUAUGCGGUCUACAAACGUAACAACAUUGCACUCAGGGUUAUAGUGAGCGAUAGGGACGCAGUUAUCUAUUAGAGUAAGGGAACCGUUCCUAUUCAAAAUAUAGCUGGGUCCCUUUAGAUUAUUGUGAUAUAAUAUUGAUAGGUUUGUAGAACGUUGUAUUGUACAUUUCCUUCUGAACGUGUCAUGACAAGUGUUGUGUGUAAAUCCCCUUAUUUAUACUAGAUAUUUGCAAUAAUAUUAAACGAAUUGUUUUAU